UGGAAAAAGCAAUAAGGAUGCAAGCAUCAAUAUAGCUUAUUGGGAAUUUUAAUUCAACCGUGAAAUUAAACUGCUUCACUUGUGUUUUUUAGAAACAAUUAUUAUGAUAUCGUGUCUGAACUAUUUUCAUACCAUAUAUUUGGGCCUGCUAUGGAUCCAAUCGAUUUCUUGCAUGUCGAUGCUGAACAAGCAUUCCUAUUUUAUGGACUCCAAUAGCGAUAUUAACAAUAAUGAUGUAGUAGAUAUGAUAGCAUCGAAGGGCUACUUACCUGAUGAGAAAUAUUUACCAAAAACUUCUUUCGUCAAAAGUUCUGAUAACGAAGUAACUUACUUGCUCUCUAAGUUAUCAGACGACGAACUGAUAAAGCUAUUAAACGAACAGCCGAAGAAGAAUGAGUAUGACUUAAAAGAUAUCGUAAAAUUGGCAUUUGAUUCUAAGUUCGUAAAGGAUAACAAAUUGAAUGUAGACAAUACACCUCGAGAAGUAAACAAUGAUUUCGAUACCCAAAACAGUGUCAAGAAAAGAUUCCGAACUGUACCAGAAAAGAAUAAAUCACAAAUAGCGUUUUUUAAAUUGGAUAAUAAACAAGUGGAUCCUUACAGUUUUAAAGCAGAUGCCGAUCCUAACUAUGUUGCUAUUCAAAAGUUAAGCAAUAUACUGUAUAGCCGCCCUAUCGAAACGGAUAAGGAUGAAAAGACUACAGAAGACGAAGAAAAGAAAGAAUUGCUUUUUGAUGUUUUGGUGUCGCAAUUAAAAACACUGUGCUGCAAAAAGACGAGACAUAUUAAUAAGGUGACCAAGUAUCAACCCGUAAAUGAUUUUGUGCCUGCUAACGCAGGACAUAAUGUUAACGCACUAGACAGUAAAACAGAAAGAAAUGAGCAUAUGUUUUUAAUUAUCAAUGAUGAAAUAAAAAGUAAUGGAAGCGAUGAACUUAUAUCUGUAGAUCCAGAUAGUCUUGAGAGGAAUAGUAGCGUGUUAUUACUGGGGCCUAUUAACACUCCGUUGACUAAUAGUCAAUUAAAAUUAGUUAUGUACCGGAUAUCAAACGAAUUAUCGAAACCUGAAUAUAUUCCUCUGCUGCAGCAACUUUCUGAAGGAAAUUUAACUGGGAACAAUAUUAAACUUAUGAAAAGUUUAGUCACUGGCCCAGAAACAAGAAGAUACAUCAAACCACAUAGAUGUAACCAUCAAUCUAAGUUGGCCAGAAUCUACGGCGGUCCAAAAUGGCUUAUUUGCACUGGAUAUUUAAAUUUAAAUACUCCUAGUUAUUACGACUGAAUAAAUCAAAUUAUUUGUAUUUUAA